UUAAGAGAACAGAGAAUGUUUUGCUUGGAAAAGAGGUCUCUGGGGUACAUAGCGGCUGUCUCCAAGUAUUUGAAUGCUGGUGGAAAAGAGACUAGACCUGUUCUAUUUGUCCCCAGCAACAGAAGUGGAAGUUGCAGAGAGGUAGCUUUAGGCUGGAUUUCGUUGGGAGCUGUCCAAAAGCAGAGCUGGCUCCUCUGGAGGUUGCGGAGUGCAAGGCUAGACCACCCCUCCCCUGUCUCGCGUUCUGCAGAGGGGAUUCCUGCGCUGCCGCAGAUAGGACCACGUGCCCUCCCUUUGAGGAGAGGGAAAGGGGGCGGACCUUUCCGAAGGGAGGAACCUUGGCGCGGCGGCCCCGGACGUUGCGUGGCCGGGCGGACCCUUUUCCCGGUGCACUGCGAAGUGCCUUCACCUCAAGCCAGAGGAGGAGGCGGCGGCGCCUGUGGGGUUGGCGAGAUGAGCGGGAGGCCCGAUUUUAUCCCGCUGAAGUUCCUGCCCGAUGAGGCCCGGAACCUGCCACCGCCGAAGCUGACGGACCCGCAGAUCUUCUACACGGGCUUAAUGGGCUACUGCGCGGGGCUGUUGAAUAACCUGCUCAAUCGCCGGCCUGUGGUGACCGCUGGUUUACAUCGCCAGCUCCUGUAUGCCACUUCAUUCUUUUUUGCGGGAUAUUACCUUGUUAAACGAGAAAACUUUAAGUAUGCUGAAAAGGACCGUGAUAUGUUUCAGUAUAUGAAAUCGUGUUCAGAAAAAUUUGAAGAAAAGGAAAAGAAAAUUUAUGCUGAAAUUCUUGAAGACUUUUAUCCAAUUCGCUGAAACUUCUGACUGUCUGCUCUUAUUUCUUUCCCAAGAGCUUUUGUUCAUGAACUCAAUGGGCUGUAUUUCUAACAUGUCUCAUUCAUGUGUAAUGAAAAAAUUAAGAUCUUAUAAUUAAAUGAGUGACAUGAAUACAUGA